AUGAUAAAUCGUGGUCCACUUACAAAAAGGCUAGAGCAACUGGAGCACGUUGUCAAUGAAAGUGUCGAAGUGGAGCCAGCUUGCAAGCGAGUUAAACCCAACAAUGACGUACAAGACGGCGAUACAACAUCGGAGAUAUUCGAUAAGACACCAACACCAACAACGGCCUCUGUGUUUUUCAUGACACCAAAUUUAGACUGUCAUACCAUAGAAGAAUGGAAUUACUCAGAAAACAUGUUUGUUGAGGCUAUAGAUGACUUUGCUGGACUGCUAACUGCAGAAAAAAAGAAAUCUAUCAGACCAAGAAUAGUUUCAGCUAUUAAACAGGGACCAUACGCUAUCCGAAAAAUUAGUUUUCCCAAAGACUUAAAUGUAUGGCAAGAACAGGUCGUUUCAAAUCUCUUGGCUGAAAGAAUAUACGUGGCUAGUGUACCGUCCUUCCAAGGACGGGAACCUUUGUCGAAAAGAGGAGAUGAGUUUAUUGCGAAACACCUACGCGAGUGCGCAAGAAAUGCUACUUAUACGUCUGCUACUAUUCAGCAUGACAUAAUAGAGAUAACAAUGGAGUAUUUGAGGAACCAAAUUAUUAAUGAAAUUCCAGAGUAUGCACCUUUCUUCACAAUUUUCGCCAAUGAAACAACUGACGUUUGGAAUACUGAACAGCUUUGCAUAUCAAUUCGAUUUGUCGAUGAAACUUGUAGUAUACAUGAAGAAUUUCUUGGAUUUGUAAGUUUAGCACGGACGACAGGUGAAGCUGUGGCCAUAUCAUUCCUCGAAACGCUCCAAACCUGGUCAUUAGAUAUGAAAAAUUGCGGAGGGCAAGGAUAUGAUGGAGCAUGUAGUAUGUCCUCGGCUGCAAGACGUACGCAAGCAUUUAUCAGACAAACGAGCUCCAAAACAGUCUAUACGCACUGUAAUGCACACUGCCUAAAUCUUGCUAUUGUGCAUUUCUGUGAUAUUGUUAUGAUACGAAACAUGAUAAGAACACUUAAUGAAAUAUGUUAUUUUAUCAAGUUCUCACCGAAAAGGCACGAGCUGUUAGCGGUGGUUAUCAACAUUAUAUGCCCUAACACACGCCGGACCACCCUAACUAGUCCUUGCCACACCUGCUGGGUAAAGAGGCAUGAGGCGUGCGAGGUAUUUGACAGCCUCUUCAGAGCAAUUGUUAAGACAUUAGAAGUAAUGGCAAAUGAGCGUGUCUACCUUGACGAGUACGGAUCCUGGAGAUGGGACCAGGAAACGUGCACAAAGGCGAAAGGUUUUCUGGCAGUCGUAACUCAGUUCCAGUUCAUAGUAACGAUGAACACAGUGAUGAAGUGUUUGUCUCUUCUGAAAUCACUAAGUAUGCAACUGUAG